AUGAUUAUAAUAACCAAGUUGACCAAGAUCAAUGUCGACGAAGAAGAAUACCAGCGCCUCGGCUUACGACCACGCCACGCUUACUCGGUCCUCGACGUGGUAGAAGUAGCGGGUCCAACCCGUUUGCUUCGGCUACGGAACCCCUGGGGGCAUUAUACUUGGCGCGGCGCGUGGGCGCACGGCUGCCCGCGCUGGACCGAGGAGGCACGACGCGCAGUGCACGCGCAUACGGCUAGCGCGCACGCGGAUCGAGACCAAGGCGUGUUUUGGAUCAGCUUCGAUGAUGUGCUCAAGUACUUCGACUGCAUAGACAUCUGCAAGGUACGAGUGGGAUGGCACGAGGUGCGUCUCGCCGGGAUCCUACCUCCGAUGUCGUCUACGCGGCACUUGACGUGUCUGCUCCUCACUGCCACUCAGCCAACGGAGGUUGACUUCACGCUGUUCCAAGAGGGACAGAGGUUAGUCGUCGUUAUCACAGCCAAAUGACGUCCACUGCUGGACAA